AUAUCAAUCGCGGCAUUAUUAUUGUACUGAAUGCUCACGCACUACGCUGUCUACGCUUCAUGUAUGCGUUCUGUUGAAUGACAGCUGUAAAGUAAAUACGAUAGGUAGGCGGGCAUCAGACAACCGGAAAUGUCAUAGGAAAUGCAGAGAGCUGCAAUAAUAAUGCUGAACAACAAGAAAUCCAAGUCAGAACAGCGGAGUCGGUGCAUGUAGUCGAGAUUUAUCGAAUUGGACCACGCAUACGAACAUGUGCCCCGCACUCUUGGAGAACGAGGAGCGAUGUCUCGGUGGUAUGACUUUCUUCGCGCAAAGCCACCCCGUAGAGGUAUGCGGCAGCAACGGUCUACCACUCACGCCGAACUCCAUAACCAUCUACGGGAAGGCGCAAUUUUUGAAGACCAUCUACCAUCCCCAUCUCUGUCCCUAUCUUGACAUAAUUAGGAGUAAACACGAGAGGAUUGUAGUUGUUGCGGAAUACAGCGGAGAUCCGUUGAGCACUAGGCAUGAUCUAAACACAGAGGAGAUUGUUAAGAUAUCCUUUCAAUGUCUCUUAGCACUGCACCAUAUGAAUGAAUUAGAUCUGGUGCACAGACACUUAAAUCCAGAUAAUAUUCUGAUUAAGAAGAAUGGCGAUGUUCACUUGUACAAUUACGGAUUGUAUUAUAUGACAGAUGGAGGAAAAAAUGUAUCUUUCCCAAUCGGUUAUCCAAAGUACACGGCACCAGAAGUGUUUCUGAAUCCUGGUCCAAGUGGGGUCAAGAUAGAUUCCUGGUCUCUGGGAAUGAUCAUAGCUGAGCAACUAUUGGGACAGCCCAUUUGGCCUGGCGUAAAAUUAUCCCAAUGCUUGAGGAAAGUUCUAAGUUUAAUAUUAUGUGAUACCAGUAUAUUCGAGCGUCUUGCCCGGGAAAACAAUUGUUUCCAGGCUUACGAAAAGUUACCAAAGGAGCUUAAGGAAUUCGUAGAUUCAUGUUUGCAAAUUCAUCCUACAAAGCGUAAGACUCCAGAGGAAUUGCUGGAACUACCGAUAUUCGCGGAUCAUUUGAUGAGAAAUGUGCAGGAGAAGGAAGAAAAUCUCUAUAAGAAUGUUAUUGUUAGAAAAAUGGACGAAUUAUAUUAUCUCUGGCAAUUGGCCGGUGGAGAUAUUACUGUGGAUUUGAAGAAGCAAAGUCUCAUUAGAUCAAGACCACCCAUCUUAACUAUCCCAAACUUAGUCAUAUUACUGGGCCAUAUGUUUGGCCAAAGAGACACCGCUAGUUUACUCGACGUAAGGGUCGUUAAAGUUCCUAUGGAGACUCUUCGCCAGCGUUUGGCCCAUAUCCCAUACAUAGCGAAUUAUCCAUGGUUGACAAACCAAAUGCGGGUUCAAGCACAAGAAGAUCUGAUGAAUGCUGCGUCUCAGUUGCCACUAAUCAUAAGGGAACGCGAUACGGAGUAUCAAUUUUACAGACUCGUCCUGUUCGACAGACUUUUACAGGCUUAUCCGCUCACUCAGGAGGCAAUUAUUGAAGAGGCGCACAAGGAUAUACCACCUCCAGUUAGAGGUGCUGUUUGGGCAGCUUUGCUCGGAAUCACUGGUGAUUUACAGAAACGUUACGAUAUGAUUGAUAAGGAAACUCCCACUCACACUGAUCGGCAGAUAGAGGUGGAUAUACCGAGAUGCCAUCAAUAUAGUGAAUUACUGUCAUCUGGCGCUGGACAUGAACGACUGCAGAGGUUGCUAAAAGCAUGGGUCAGGAAUAAUUUACAUUACGUUUAUUGGCAGGGAUUAGAUUCGCUGACAGCACCAUUUCUUUAUUUAAAUUUUAACAACGAAGCUCGAGCUUUCGCGUGUUUGUCGGCGUUUAUACCGAAGUAUCUUCACAAGUUCUUUCUGAAAGACAAUUCGGCAGUGAUACAGGAAUAUCUGGGCAAAUUUUCUCAAAUUAUUGCGUUCCACGAUCCCCAAUUGGCGAAUCAUUUAAAAUCCAUAAAUUUUGUACCGGAACUCUUUGCCAUACCAUGGUUCCUAACUAUGUUUUCACAUGUAUUUCCGUUACAUAAAAUAUUACAUUUGUGGGAUAAACUACUGCUGGGAGAUUCGUCAUUUCCUCUCUUAGUUGGAUUAGCAAUAUUGAAGCAGUUACGAGAUUCCUUACUAAUGUCAGGUUUCAAUGAAUGUAUUCUUCUGUUUUCCGACCUGCCCGAAAUUGAUAUAGAAUUAUGCGUUAAAGAUUCGAUGACAAUGUAUCAGAACACACCCGCUAGUAUUACAUACCGAAAGCAUCAAUAUAAUACAGCAAAGGAUACAAAUUGGAUUGAACCUGAAGCGGGAACAGAAAAGAUGCCAAGGAUAAGUGUAGAUGACUUUUUAAACCUCUACAACAAUUCACUGAACAAAAUUAUAGUCGUCGACGUACGUAGUAAUAUACAAUUCGAGAGGGGAGCUAUUCUCGGUAGUAUUAAUAUUCCAUUCACAAGUGUGCAAUUGUCUCAGACUCACAUCGACACACUCGGACCGCAUGCAAAACCGUUAAUAGAUAAUAAAACCAGCGUCGUUGUGAUUAUUGGGCCACAUGAUCAAAAUAACGCACUGUUUGCAGAUUUUUUGGUAAAAUGCAAUGUCGUAGGAGUCUGUUCUCUGCAAGGUGGAAUCAACGCGUUACGUUCCAAGUCUCCGAAUAUCAUAGUACCAGCACGUUAAUUGAAUUACAUAAUUCAGUUCCUAUACAUAUAAUACUCAGAUUUAUCGAUACAAUACAAUUGAUAUUAUACUUGUAAAAUAUGUAUAACAAUCUUGUAUAAUUUUGUUAUAAAAUAUUUCAUUGUAUUGUGUGAA